UUGGCUCAUUGCUGUCAGUUGAUCAGAGCUUGUGAUGAGCGGAAAAUUGGUGUUGCUUAUGCGUUAUUUUGAUUUCGAGCUUACGUUAUCUAGAGCAGUAACGUCUGUUCCAUUUAAAGCAAUAGACCUUGGGGUUAUGACAUUAUUCGAUCAUUGAAUUUGGGAGAUCCAGAGGUAGAUAGAGGCGGAAUAAUGGGCCAACUUGAGUGAACUUAGGUUACCUAAAUUCCAAAACAUAUCUGAAUGUUAUGCGUCAACUAUGUAUCUACAUCGACUAAGCGAUGCUUCAGUAUAAUAAUAAACAAAUAAUAAUAAAAGUAAUAUAUUUAAAUUUAAACAAUACGUCGAAGGACAAACAUAGUCAAAGGUUUAAUUUAUAUAAAACUAUCGCGUGUCAGUGUGUCAAAAGAAAUCUGUCCAUCGUACAAGAUCCAUCAAGCCACGAAUCGUAUCUUUAAAAUAAAGGCAUACCAAACUCAAGUACCCUCUGUAAACGACUCAUACAUCAUUUGAAAUGUGGAUUAACCACUGUCGUCAGGCUGUAAACUGCAAGGAUCUUUUAUUCAGCGAUUUGAUACAAGAGUGCAAAUGUGCUGCACCUGAAGCACGACUCACAUACCAGCUACGUAAUCGAUUGGAGAAAUACAAAAUUGAAAUUCGGAAGGAAAUUGUCUGUAGAACCAAGGAUGGAUGUGCCCCAUUAUUCAUAGCUUGUAAAAGAGGACACGUAGAGAUUGUUGAGUAUCUCAUCACCAUUUGUAAAGCGGACAUUGAGCAACGAGGAAUGUACGAAGUGCCCGAUGAUAGAUCUGUCCACUGCGUAACCCCAUUAUGGUGUGCUGCUGUUUCCGGAAGGCUGCAAGUUAUCAAGUGUCUCGUAGCAUAUGGGGCACAGAUCAAUGCCGUUUCUGAUACAGGAUCCACACCUGUUAGGUCUGCCUGCUUCAUGACCCACUUAGAUAUUGUUAUAUAUUUGGUUAAAAAUGGAGCUGAUAUACUGAGAGCUAACUACAAUGGAGGGACAUGCUUGAUAAAUUCCGUGCAGAGCGUAGAGUUAUGCAAAUUUCUUCUGUGCAAUAAAGCGGAUGUUAACGCCAGAGACAUCCAGAACAAAACUGCCUUACACUAUGCCAUCCAAGAACACAGAUUUGCUACCACCAAACUGUUGUUAGAUCAUAACGCAGACCCUACUCUUUGGUCCCGUUACAACGACGAUGCACUCCAGACGGCCUGCUUAAAGGGAUCUACUCAAAUAUUUGACUACUUAGUUGAACACAUUGCCUAUACACCAGAAAGAUUAGCCGAUGCCAAUGAACUGAUGGGUUCUACGUUUCUGGAUGAGCAUAAUGACUCGCAAACGGCGGUGAAAUACUGGCGGAAGGCCAUGGCGAUAAGAAAUGCACAUAGAGUGGAUGGUGAGCCUCUACCCAAAAGGCCUCUUGUCCCGAAACGGAAGAGUUUUCGUAAUGCUACUGAAUUCAAGACCAUCGAAGAGCUGAAUAGCAUCGCUUUAGACCUCGACGCUAUACGGGUUCAGAGUUUAUUGAUUUGCGAAAGAAUACUCGGACCCUACCAUAAGGAUACUUUGUUCAAGUUAAUGUACAGAGGAGCUUCCUACGCAGAUGCGUUGAGGUAUCAACGAUGCAUAGAUCUGUGGAGGAGAGCACUCGAGAUUAGAGUAGAAAAAGAUUCCAUCCUUUACAGCGAUACUUGUUUGACCGCACAAGCAUUGGUGAGACUUAUGGUUGAUAUAAAUGAGAAGACAGUCGAGUUUGACGACAGAGUACCAGACAAAGAACAACCGAGAUUUAGCGAUGUAGUCGCUAUUUUUCACCUUUUGGCCAAUCCGCUAGCGGAAGCAAGACAGUUGUUAGAUAUUCGUCCGGUACACAAAAGACAGCAGGACAGCUAUGAUCGCAUUCUGAAAUGCGUUACUCAUCUCAUUUACUUGUUCGUUCAAACUGCACAAUCCGAUGAGGAGAGAACAGAGGCAGAACAGCUAGUCUACCACCUCGUAAGGCAAAGCCCGAGAUCCGCAUCCACGGGGGAUUCACUUCUACAUCUUUGCGUAUCGAGGCUGAAUACCAUUAGAUCUAGUUACUUUCCCGCCGAUGAAAUACAGAUGAUAUUUCCACACCUCGGUGUAAUCAGAUUGCUUUUAUUAUGUGGAGCCCACGUCAAUGCAAGGAAUGAGUCCUGGUCAACACCUUUACAUGUAGCCAGCAACGCCUACAAUUUUUUUAAUCCUUUGAUCAAACUACUGCUUGACUACGGCGCUCAUUUAGAUACACCAAACAAAUCUGGUGACACUCCAGCACGUCUGAUAUCUUUGAAUCCUCACAAUAACGUGAAUCUUGUAAAUUAUAUAACUCUCAAAUGUUUGGCUGCUCAGGCUGUUUGCAAAAAUGAUAUCCAAUGUUCAGAACUACCAGUCAUACUCCAUCAGUUCUUAGAAUUUCAUAGAGAAUAAUGCACAAGUUGAAACAUGUAUGUACAAUCUUUUGAUUUUUUUCUACACCCUCCAAAGACAAUGCGCAAGUUUUUAUUUUUUAACAAUUUUCCAUGACUCACACUUUUUAUCAUUAAUAAUAUUAUGAUUUUUUGUUAUUCUUAUUAGUAUUAUUCUUGCCAUUUGAUUUGGUUUAUAUGAGUAUUUAUUCAACAGAGUAUCCGUUUGCACAAUAUAGAUGGUUGGUAAAUCAUCAAAAAGAAUUUUGUUUCUUUUGGUUAGCAUCUACAUUAUAUAUUAAACUCAAAUGAAUGAUAACAUUCAGGAGAGAUUUUACUAGGCAACAGAAUAGUGGCAUCUAUUUAUAGUACUAUAAUAUCCACGUACAACGUAGCGAGCAAUAUUAGUGGAAUCUAUAAUUGAAAAUGUACACAAUUCUAUCAGUAAUACUAUCCACUGGAACGAUGUUAAUCGAUUUGGUCGUUUCAAAAAAUCAGUGAUAAUAUUAAAUGAAUUACGUGUCGUCAGCUGCAGCUGCCAAUAAAAAUUAUUCAUGAGUUAAAAUAUACAUUGUAAUGAUUAACGUUACAGUAUUAGGUAUUAUCGUUAUCAAUAUCAUUAUCAUUAUCAUUAUUAUUAUUAUUAAACGACUUAUAAAAAGUGCACUGAUAUUUUACUAUAAAUACGUUGAAAAUAUAUUGAAUAUAGAUAUUAUGUGUAAUAUAUAAUACCUAAGUAACAUUCAAGUAACUAAUAAUAAAUUCGACAGUUGAUUAGAUAAUAUAUCAUGAUCUUAAAAUGCUGUGUUGGUGAUGAUUGUAAUAAAAAUUAUGUACACAAUAUAAUUUAA